AGAGGAAGAGGUCGAAGUUUGUGCGGUAGUAGCAGUAAAAUGGCGGGUUUGAGCGUUCUUCUAGAAACCCAAAAGACCUUCCCAAAACACACCCGUGUCAUAAGCAAGACUUCCUUCCUCAAGAACUCUACCUUCUCCUUCUCCUCUACAUCUGUUUCUGCCCGUCGGAGCACUUUUCUGGAACACUGCUGCCUCUGCAGGGGAAAGCUUCAACAGGGCAAAGAUAUCUACAUGUACAGUAUAUACUAUUUCAGAGGAGACCGAGCCUUCUGCAGCGAGGAGUGCCGGUGCAGGCAGAUCUUUAUGGACGAGGAGAGCGGAACGAGGGACCGCUGCUCCCUCGCCGCAGCAGCAGCAGCAGCGGCGGUGGCGGAAGGGAUGUACCCAGCGGAGCGCCGCCGGGGGAGGGCGGCCGCUUGCCGCUGGUUUUGCUGACGCGGGCAGCUGUCGGAUUGUUUUGUUUGACGGAAACACCCUCCGUCGUUUUGUUCUUUUU